CUGAGCAGUUUAACGCAGCGCCGAUCCACACGGACGUGGGCAUUACGCCCGGCGCACAGCAAAUCGACGACCACGUGUACCGGAGAAAGUGAAAACGACCAGACAGAGCCAAGACCAUUCGGCCUGAGUGGCUGGGAAUGUGUUUGUUUUUUCAUCCCCAUUCGACGACGAUCAUCAGUUUUUUUUCUUCGUUAUACCAAGGAAAAAAAAAACAAUUUAUCCUGCGUAGUAGUGAAGCUCAGGGUGUGUGUGUGAUUUCGUGUUUUUCGCCAAAUUGGAUUUGGGGAAAAGUGGCGAUCAUAGAUAAAGAAUCACUUUCGUCUACUGUUAUCAGCGCUGUCAUUUUCUUUUUUUGCCACGCUUUAUCUCGGAAUCGGCGAAUAGUGUUUUACAUCAAUAAAUAUAUACGUGCGUCUUAACUGCUCGUGCGAUAAAACAUUCAAUGUCAGUACAUCGUGCAGAAAACUCCUCGAAAUUAUCGGAAAUGUAUCCUGAAAUCACUUGUCACACCGCGAGCAAGUUGAAGCUUAAAGAUCAUUGCGACUUGUGAUUCGCGCACAAAGGACUGCCGUGCACAAAGGACUAAUCGCAAGACAGCAGGCGCAUCGUCAAGUCGCAACGAUUCGUUUGAUGAACGGUAAAAAAUCGACACGAUCGCGGCCAAAUCCAUCACCUCGGGCAUCGAGCGCGCGAUGCUCGGAGGCCCUCGCGUGAGUAGUGGCGCUCGGCAGCGCGAAGCAGCAGCAGCAGCGGCAUUCUCCACAUCGUUAUCCAAGUCGGCGACGACGCGAGAACGACCCACAACGGUAAAGGACCUACUGCGAGCGAGGGCGCAAGUCCGCGCCGCCGCCACCACCGCCACCACCACCACCGCCGCCGACGCCGCCGCCACCACCACCACCACCACCGCCACCACCGCCACCACCACCGCCGCCACCACCACCGCCACCACCGCCACCGCCACCACCACCACUGGCGGAGCAGCAGCGGCUCUAUUGAGAGUAGAAGCACUAGCGCCCGAGAGAAUUGUAUCAUUCUGGCCGAUCCAAGGCGGACUAUCGCACGCGGUCGGCGCAUCAUGUCACGAGGUUGGGACAAGUUGAACGGGGGACCAGGUGGAGGCCACACCUCGGCUGCUGCGCUACGAGACUGCUCAUAAGCACCGACGACCAAGAGAGAGAAGAGAGAGAGAGAGAGAGAGAGAGAGAGAGGACUGUCCGUUUAGUUGCUUUCUUUUCCCUUUGAAUCUCGUUGCCCGAGGACGCAAGCGACCGGAUCGGGAAUUCACGCGAUCGAUCCACCACGCGCUUCCAAAGCGACGGCCUUAUUGCUGGCCUGGCCAGCUACUAU